AUGGCUGACAAACUCUUUUACCUUGGAGAAUCUUAUGAGAGAUAGGAAAGAGAAAAUUUCCAUAAUGUAAAGAGAAAGAAGACUUAAGUAGGUCUAGGAGACAAGCAAGUUGAAGAUCAAUCAGACAUUGAGUCUACAAUGAGCAUAAUAAAUGAUGAAGAAAUCAAAGAGUAGAUGAACUACUUCGAUUAGUUUAAGGCUCCAAAUAAAAAAUUGCAUGGGUCGAAGUAAAAAAAGAAUCAUCAGAAUUUCGCAGUCAGACUUCAUUAUGCUUCUCAAAUUUAAAUCCAUGAUUUCUUGCUAAGACAAGAUCUGGAAAUAUUGAAUGACUCUAGCUAUAUGGUAUCUGCAAGGCCAAGUGGUGUCAGAUAUCUAGUGACUUCAUCAAAUGGCAAAACUACUUCUAGGAAUUCGUCGGGAUAUUUAACACAUUAAUUUGAAAGUAAUUUGCCAAAUGGGUCUAAAGGAAACACGGAUGAAAAAGUACAGUUUUAAAUGAAGAGUAAUAAAAGAAACUGCUCUGCCUUAGACUGUAUAUAUGUAGAAAAGGAAGAAACAUUUUACAUUAUUGAUCUUAUAUGCUGGGAUGAAAUGAUCUACACUGAUUUCCCAUUUUGCUCAAGAAUUCUAUUCCUUCAAUAGAAAUUUCAUGAUAUCCCCAAGCCAAUUAGUUAGAAAUAUAAAUUCAAGCUAUUAGAGUACUAGCCUUGUAACACUAACAGUUUUCUUUAAGCUUAUUUUGGCUAAGCCCUUACCCCUUAUGUAAAUAAUGAGGAAAGUAUGAAAUUACCAGCUCUUUUUGAAAUAAGUCUUGAUGAAGAUAAGAUUUUAUUAGAUCUUAAAGAUUAAGCUUCAUACAUUAAUUCUCACUAUAUGAAAUUGCUAAAAGUGAUUGAGGAAUAAAACUUAGAACGAAUUGAGCAUAAUAAAGCAUUGAUAGAUGUUUCUUAUGCAAUAAAUUUAAUGUAAAGAUAUGCUUUUGAACCUAAAACCUCAGAUAUUUUCUUAAAAGAUGGCAUAAUGUUUAGUCAUCUUGAAAAUCCAUAUGAAAAAGGCUUAAACACUCUAGUACUUCAUUGGAGAGAUGAAAAAAUAUCCCAGUUUUGUAAAAAUGAUGAUGAAGAUGAUUUAUAAGGAUAUAUUGGAGCAGUCUUGAAACUGAAUGAUAACUUUGAGUUUGUAACUCUUGAUGAAGAGAUAUUGAAGGUUUAACUGGAUCCUUAUAGCUAAGAGCAGGUAGCUGGGAUGAACCCAGGAAACUUAUACAAUCUAAAGAUUAAAAUUAACAUUCUGUAGAUUAUAGAUGUCCAUUCUAAUUAAAAAUCCUAGGAAUUAAUUAUUACAGAGUUGAUUAUAUAAAAAAGGACAUCCAAGCUGUUCCCUGAUCAUUUGUCUAAAAUUAUCUCGAAAUGGCUUUAAUUAAAUAACCAAUACAUUACGGCUUCAGAAAUUGUAUAGUCUAUAGAGAAUAAUCAAGAGCCAUUGUUUUCAAUUUCGACUAAGUCUAUAAGCUCGAAUGACAAAGUAAAGAGUGGCCAAGUAAGCCAGACUAAUAGUAAUGAUACAAACUGCAUGGAGAUGGAGCUAGAUUUAUGA